CUUCAAUCGGCCAUUCUCAGCACUCAAUCACUCUCUCGACAAUUGUUGCAUCAAGACUCUCGCUAUUCGAUACUUCCGGACGUUCAUUCCCUUAUUCAUUCGUUCUGCCACUCCUUGUAUCGGAUGCAUUGUUCUCAUUCAGUGAGCUCGGUCCACUCCGAGCCCUGUCCCUUCGUUUGGCCCAGCCUUCCUUGUUCUGCGCUUUGUCUAUCUGCAGUCAACCACGCGCCAAGGUGAUGACUGCUCCCUGAGGAAGACAUUCCUGCAUCCUCGCCAGUUGUGCAACGUUGAAGAAGGUCAUCUUAGUUGCAAACAAUCGAGUGUGAUCGCUUGUGUCACUUAGGCAGUUCGCCUGCAAGCGAUGAAAUAAAGCCAUUCAAGAACAGGUUCGUAACUCGAGGCAAUUGAGCUGGACUCUUGUCUCUGACCGACGGCUGAGCCGUGCCACAACACCUACCACCAAACCUACCACCACCUGCGUCAACAUACCCUACCGGCCACACAAUUGGCCUUCCUCUCAUUAAAACCUCGAUCGAGCGCUGCCAGGUUGCAGAUCGCCCCUAAAGUUCGACAUCACUUUCAUUAUGGGUUGCUGCGGUGGUGAGAGAGAAAAGUUUGGUGAUUUGAGUGCAGAACAAAAAUGGGACUACAUUAACCUUGACGAUUUUAAAUCAUCCUCAUGCUGGACGCCCUUCGCGUAUGGCUACCUACUUGUUAUGAUGGUUGUCUCCCUCUCCGUCUAUGCAGUCGACACCUUUACCGCCAUCCAGCUCCUCGCAUUCGACCGAUGGGCGGGCCAGAUUAAGCCAGAAAUUCCCUUGAACAUCUCACGAUGGAUCUUCGCCGGAUGUAUCAUACUUUCCUUUGUUCUCCUCGCUUACCGGUGGCUGCGCGCAAUCAGAGUCAUGCGGCAAGGGGGAGUUGCUAGAAAUUACCUCGAUCCGUUGGCGGUGCGGGUACAGUCAGUCAGAUGGGGACGAGCAAGAGGAUGGAAACGUUUCCUGGUGUUUGCAGAAUUGACAAAGAGUCGAAAAGGUGCCGACUACGUGGCGCUUUUCACCUACUUCUCCUUUGAAGCAUGGCUACGAAUUGUCUUUGCCGAAGGUCCACGGCAGGUGGUUAACGCAAUCACCUUGUAUUCGGUCUUGAGGCUCAAGCUGAUUCCCGUUGGCGAACAUGCUCCCGACGAUGGCCACUCACCGGUGGCACAGUUCUUUGUCAACGUUGGCAUCCUGGCAGACUCAAACCACCUACAAGCUGUCAUCCUCUUCGGCAUGCUGUGGACACUUGUCAUCUGGGUCAUCUCACUCAUCAGCUUUAUUGUGUCUGUCAUCUUAUACCUGCUCUUUCUUUGGCAUCAUAUUCCAAGUGGAGAUGGAGGCUUGACCGGUUACUGCCGAAAUAAAAUUAAUCGACGGAUGGAGAGAAUUGUGAAAACCAAGGUGGACAAAGCCUUAAAGAAAGAGAAUCAACUUCGAGCUCGACAAGAGGCAAAAGCUGCUCGCGAAGGACUGGACAUCAAGAAGCAACCUACGCUACCAAACCUCAGCACUGAUGCAGUCGACGCCUUCCCAGGCUUGUCUCGACAGACGACAAUGACCACUCUCCCGGAAUACUCCUCCCGACCGGGGACAGGCACGAGUAGUAACGAAUCACUCCCUACGCUGCCAAACAUCUCUACCAGACCACCAAUGCCGAUGCGUACCGUGACCCAUGGCUCGGCAGCGUCAUGGGACAGUUAUACCUCGAACGCGCCUUUAAUAGGCUCUGCAGGAGAGAUGGGAAUGACACCAGAUCGAGCACGAGAUCCGAAUGGUCCUUGGUAUGGCAAACCCUUGCCUAACAGAAGCUUGACCGGUGUCUCCCAGUUUUCUCAACGAUCUUUCAGUCCGGCUCCUCCUCGACCGGGUACAGCACAAGGAGAUCGAAUCUUGCCUGGCUCUUACCAAAUGGAUCCCCUUCCCCGUUCCGGCUCGAGCAUGUCCAACAACUCUCGCCCAGGCUACUCUUCGAAUAGUUCCGGUGCACUUCCCUACCCUGAUGAUCGCAGCUCAACAUCAACGAAACCACCUUCGUGGUCAGGACCAAACGCGGACAGUCCUAUGGACAGUAUGGGUCGUCGUACGCCAGCUGCUGUCGGUCCAUCUUUCCCUGGUAUUUCUGAGGAAAGAGGUCGGAUGUCACCUUUACCCGGACCUCAAUUCAGGUCUCAGACUCCUACCAGAGGUCCAGAACGCACAUAUACGCCCAGUGGUCCUCCUCCACGAGCGAUGACUGCAGGAAACGCGCCUGGUGACAGAUCUUUUACGCCCAAUGGUUUCCCUCCGCGAGCAAUGACCCCAUCAGGAGGACCAACCUUACCACGAUUACAAAAUCCAUCACCUGCAGGAUACAUUCCGUAUUCGGCAGAAACGCGUACGAUGACACCUGUGUCUUCGCAUCUCCCAAGUGCUACAAUUCGUGGUGUCAACGAGCAGCCGAGAAGUUAUUCACCUUUUAGGCCACAAGGGUCUGCACAAUAUCCACAAGGUAGAGCGCCGCCUCAAAGACAGAAUAGUGGUGUGGAUGAUAUCUUGGAUCAUUAUUGACUGAUCAAUUGAUGCUGCGAAUUCUCCUUUUUUUUAGCCCAUGACCACGAACUUAAUGAUGAUAGUAGCUAGCGAACUUGUGUAUCAAGAGUGUCACAAUACAAUGCUGCAAACAG